AGGGCUCUCUUGGAGCUCUGCCCUCUUCUUCACUCAGCAGCUUACAGAUGCGGAUAGAGAGAUCACAAAGGCUUCUAUCUCUAUCUGUAUUUACCCUAAUUUUUAAAUUCAUUUUUAUAAAAAUUAUAAUUGAACCUAUCCCUAUUCAAUCCACUUCAAAAGCCCCAAAUUUUAUCCCUCGCUAUCGCUAAAGCCACGGUUUUUUAAGGUAUGCAGGCUGAUCAGACGGUGAUAAGCUUGAGACCAGGAGGUGGCAGUGGUCCACGCGGACACAGAUUCUAUGCCCCUCGUUUCGAAUCUUCUUCUUCUUCUUCUUCAUCUCUGUCUACUUCUGAUUCGCAAACUCUGCAUCCACAUGGCGCUCUCAAUCCCGCAUUUAAGAUUGGGGACGUGCGGUUUGAAGGUCAGGAACGUGUUCGAUAUACCAGAGACCAGCUGCUGCAACUUAAGAAGGUAUCUGACAUACCUGAAGAUAUAUUAACGAUUAAGCAAGAAAUUGAGUCUGAGUUUAAUGGUGAGGUUCAGACUCGAGAUGGUCAGGCAGAUAGCAAUCUGCAACCUCAGUCCCAAAGUCGUUAUUCUGAGAUAGACAAUCGUGAUUGGCGUACUAGAUCUACUGGAGAAGAGACAUAUUCCAGUCUAUUUGAGUCAAAGCCACAGGAAUUCAGUGCUCGGGAGGACCAACUUAAUUCCCUGUUUUCAAGGGCUCAAGUCUCUUCAAACCAAGGGGUAGGACCUGCUCCAGCUCUAAUUAAGGCUGAAGUUCCAUGGUCAGCUCGAAGGGGAGAUCUCUCAGACAUGGAACGUGUCCUGAAGACAGUUAAAGGUAUACUGAACAAAUUGACCCCAGAGAAGUUUGAUGUUCUUAAGGGUCAGCUGAUUGACUCUGGAAUUACAACUCCAGAUAUUUUGAAGGUUGUCAUCUCAUUGAUAUUUGAUAAGGCUGUGCUGGAGCCUACAUUUUGUCCCAUGUAUGCUCUUUUAUGCUCUGACCUUAACACGAAGCUUCCUCCAUUUCCUUCUGAUGAACCUAGUGGUAAAGAUAUCACUUUCAAGCGGAUACUUCUGAAUCAUUGUCAGGAGGCAUUUGAAGGUGCUGACAACCUCAGAGCCGAAAUUAGGCAAAUGACUGUCCCUGAAUUAGAAAUGGAACGACAGGAGAAAGAGCGACUUGUUAAGCUGAGAACUUUGGGGAACAUACGCCUUAUUGGGGAACUUUUAAAGCAGAAGAUGGUGCCUGAAAAGAUCGUUCACCAUAUUGUUCAGGAGCUGUUGGGAAGUGACAGUAAAGCAUGCCCAGCUGAGGAGAAUGUUGAGGCAAUAUGUCAGUUUUUUAACACCAUUGGCAAGCAGCUGGAUGAGAGUCCAAAAUCAAGGCGUGUCAAUGAUGUCUAUUUUAGUAGGUUGAAGGAGUUGAGCACAAAUCAACAACUUGCCCCACGGUUGAGGUUCAUGGUUCGUGAUGUUUUAGAUCUGCGUGCCAACAACUGGAUCCCUCGACGUGAAGAGGUAAAAGCUAAGACUAUCACUGAAAUUCAUUCAGAGGCAGAGAAGAAUCUUGGUUUGCGGCCUGGUGCAACUGCAAUGAUGAGAAACGGUCGUACAGGGACUCUGGGGGUUACGAGCCCUGGAGGCAUCCCUGUUGCACGACCUGGUUCUGGAGGUAUGAUGCCUGGAAUGCCAGGAACUAAGAAAAUGCCUGGAAUGCCAGGCCUUGAUACUGACAAUUGGGAGUUUCCUCGUUCCCGAUCAAUGCGAAGAGAUGAUGCCACUGGUCCUACUCAAUCUGUAGGACAAUUCCAGUCAUCUUUGAUCAGCAAAUCACCAUCUCUCAACUCAAAACUUUUGCCUCAAGGUAGUGGUGGUAUUAUAUCGGGGAAAACUAGUGCCUUGCUGCAGGGUGCAGGUGCUCCUGCACCCCGUUCAGGAUUUGGUGCAGGUGCUCCUGCACCCCGUUCAGGAUUUGGUGCAGGAAUUGAACAUGUACCUCAGUAUUCUAAGCCUGUUGCUCCUGCUGGAUCAAUAAUUACAUCUCCUGAAAAGACAAUAGCACCUGCUACUAAAUUAAAUCUUGCAGAUCUUAAGAAGAAAACCAUCUCUCUUCUUGAAGAAUAUUUCAGUGUUCGAAUUCUUGAUGAAGCACUACAGUGUGUGGAGGAACUAAAAGCCCCAUCAUAUCAUCCUGAGGUUGUUAAAGAAGCCAUUGCCCUUGCUCUUGAAAAGAUCCCUCCAUGUGUGGAACCCAUCAUAAACCUUCUCAAGUUCUUGCUAAGUAAGAAUGUCUUGACAACCAGAGACAUAGGAACUGGGUGUCUUCUGUAUGGCUCAUUGUUAGAUGAUAUUGGCAUAGAUUUACCAAAAGCACCAAAUAACUAUGGUGAGGUGGUUGGGAAGUUGGUUGUAGCUCAAUGUUUGGACUUCAAGGUUGUAAAAGAAGUUCUGAAGAAGGUGGAAGAUGAUUAUUUUCGGAAAACAAUCUUUGAUGCUGCUAUGAGGAGCGUCUGUUCCAGCUCUUCUGGGGAAGAACUGUUGGGGGCCCUAGGAGCUGAAAUUCAGGCUUGUGAAAGUGUACUCUCUUGAUUCAAAUUGAAGCCCUUUAAGACAUCAUCAGAAGUUGUUAAGUGUAUCCUCUAAUCGAGUGCACAACAGUCACAUACUUUUUAUUUUCCCAGAAUUUUGUCCUCUCUAAGUUACAUUUUAUGAUCAAUGGACGAAGGAGCAGCCUUACUUUAAUUGAGUUGUAUAUUUUUCAAUUUCAUUGUUUCACAUUUUGUUCAAGUGAGAAACAUAAUGUAUUGUAUUCUCUUGAUUGCUACUGGAUUAUUUUCCCUGGGAUGCUCGAGAUGAAUAUGAUCUUUGUGAUAUUGUUCUUUA